AUGGUCACUGGAGUGAAUGACAUCGAUGACAAGAAGGCGAAAGUACAAGCCUAUAAGCUGUCGGAGGCACUACGACAUAAGAAUAAGCAACUAAAGAUCAAGGAACGAGAGAUAGAAAGGUUGCGGCAGCGACAAAUGACCGAUGAGAAUACGAGUUGUACGAUCAACAGGCAUUGGAAUAAUCUUGACGAGCAGAUGCGACUAAUCGCUCUGAGAGGCGCCUCUUCCGAAGAAGUUGAAGAACUAUUGGAAGGCAAUGAUGGGGCUCCUUCUGGCGACUUUCUGGAUGAAAUUGUUCAAAUGGAAGGCGUACAAGGAGAACAUGUUUACGACAAGCGUGUACAGCAAAGUGUCCGUCUGCUCGACAAGAUCAUGCUGCAGCUUGCCAAAAAGUCUGAUCAUCACCGCGCGUUCAGCAAGAAGCUCUUAGCAUUAUUUGAAGCGUCACCGUUGGCGUCGGAAACAAGAGAUGAAGCUUUCCAAGCCGUACUGGCUGAAAAUGAACGCCUUACGGAGGAAAAUAGUCGCUUACAAAGGGAAACAAAUCGAGCGCAGCAGAAGUACUCCAAAUCUAGUCUAAAGUUGAAAGAGUGUGAGGAUCAAAUAACAAUGCUGACCACCCGCAACGAGGAGCUUGAAAGAGAGCUGGAAGAGGCAAAGUUUGAUCUGGAUAAAGCUCAGCGUCAAGCGAAUAAGCUCGAUUACAAGCUGUACACUCUUGCAAAGGAUAACUCAGCUCAUUGUGAAGUACGACCGACGGUGAAAAUGUUAAAUGGUGUCACUAAUGGUGGCGGACUAAGUGAAACACAGCUUGACGAGUUGCGCGCGGAAAGCGAGCUCAAUUCUGAUCUUGCUAACAAACGUUUGCAAGAAAUACAUGAGCUGAAUGAACGAAUACAGAAGUUUGUGGAAGACACCGUACGCAUGGAAUGUGAUUUGAAAUCUGCAUAUAGUUCAUCCGCUCAAAUCAUUCAAAGCACGGAGUACCAAAAUCUAGUUGCUUUCUAUUCUGUCGUUAUUGAUGAGUGCCGAAGGCUGAGGAGUGACUUCGAAGCAGUAACUGAGGAACGUGAUCUUUUGCGACAAGAAAUGCUGCAGAAGGUUGAAGAGAUGAAGGCCGACGAGCAUCAAUCAAUGCGCAAAAUGCGAUCUUUAUGCGAGCAAAUCACCCGAGAUUUGAACCAAAUGCGGACUGAAUCAGAUAUGCUGCGAAUGGAGUUCGAACAAUCUCUGGCAGCUCACAGCAAACAGGAUGCAAAGCAGCAAGACAUAAAAGUUUUAUUUGGUACGCUGAAAACGCAGAACUAUCAGCUGAACUCUGAUGUUGCAAAAUAUAGGAAGAAGUGGAAAGAAGGUGUGAACACGAAUUACAAGAUCCAAACGGAACUGGAUACAGAAAGGCGUCGGCUAGAAAGAUGUCUUGUGAUAGAACUUGACGAUGAAGACUCGAAUGAGUUAGCGAGCCCAGAUCAAUCGCGAGACGACUUAGACAUCGGCGAUGACGCGAAUGGAGAAAGUGUUAGCGCUUUGCAAGCGAAGAUCCUGGAAUUGAAGCUUAAGUUGGAAGUUUACGCUGAUGUCGGAGCAGAUGUCAGAGAUAAAGCUGAGCUGUUAGUACGGGAGCGACGUUUGAAGAGGGAGAAUGAAAGGCUCAUACAUCAGAUCAAGAGGUUAGGCAAUAUCGAAAGGAAAGAACGAAUGCGUUAUUUCGAGAUGGAUGCGAACAGGCUCUUUGCGCAGAAAGAUAGUGAAAUAGAGAGAUUGAAACGCGAAGUAGCUAUGCUGAAAGAUACUGAAGCGUCUCUCAUGUUGGAUCUUGACAACACUGGUUCUGCUUUGGAAGAGCUGCAGGAGCAAAACGCCAAGCUCAUUUCUUUACAAAAGGAAAAUGAUGAGGGUCAUAUAAAGAUGAUGAAUGAUCGUAUCAUAGCCACUCAGCUGCAGGUCAAGAUCAAGGAGGAGAUGGCGCAUCUAGAGUCCCAAGUCAACAACUUGACCAGACAGAUAGCUGCAUUGCAAUGUGAAAAGGAAUCACAGAAUGAAGCAUUGAGGCUGGCACUGGAGACAAUAGGUGUCAAGACAAAGGAGAAUGUACGACAAAAUCGCAUGAUCGAAGCGCUACGAAAGCAAGUGACUGAGCAGUCCUUGAAUACGACUGAUCUUGGAACGAGAAGUGAAAAGAUGGCCGCACAACUGAGAGACAUCCAGGAGGUUGUUGCGUCUAAAACGCUGCAGCUGGAAGUGGUCGAUCAGCGAAAACGUCGCUUGGAAGAGGAAAAUUCAACUCUUCGAAAACGUUUAGAACGAGCAAAGAAGAGUGAGAAACUUGGAAGCACUGAUGCUGUUUUGAUGGAAGAGAUACGAGAGCUAAAGGAUGUUCUCACAUGUCCAUCAUGUAAAGUCAAUCGAAAGGAUGCGAUCUUAACGAAGUGCUUCCAUGUAUUUUGCAUGAAGUGCUUGAAAACAAGGUACGACACUCGGCAGCGAAAAUGUCCGAAGACUGCACAGAAGAAAGGAUGUAAAGAACUUCUAGCUGCUCUACCUCAUCAAGUAGUACGGUAUGUCUCUGCCUUCGUCCAUACUCGAUCGUACUUUGUUCCCAGCUGAUCUGUGCUAGCACUCGUCCUGAAACUUUCCGGUACUUCGCAUCGAAAUCGGAUGUGCUAAACUUUCACGAGAGUUUCUUACUUUCUCCAUCUAUUACGGUCAUUAGGCACUCGUUAUUCUUUGUGACUGCAUGGUGUUGAUACUUCAUGGUACAGGUUUCUUCUCUCUUCGUUUCGUUCUUAUCUUGUCCAGUCGUGCUCUUUGCAAAUUUUACUUCGAAAAAAUUUAUUUGGUUAACUGUUUAGCUGCUGUGGAAUCAGAAAAUAUCCAUCACCACAGAAGUUUUCAAUGAUUUGUAUAGAUUUCACUCAGGAAAGUACACAGUCACAGUAGCUAUGAGUAACCAACUGUGGGUACUUCAUUGUUUUCAAAUCCUGUAUAACAACAACUCACUCAUUUGAUCUUUUCGCACAUUUCCUUCGUUCGUUUGUGUUAUUGCUAAUCCACUGUUAAAUCGUUAUGGCGAUGUUUUAAAAGUCUCUAUAGUUUGAACCACUGCAAAAGAGAAUUGUUUGUAAUGUAGGUUAAUAGAUGGGAACUUAAAUACUGAUGUUACGGUACGCUACGAGUCCCUGUCCUUUUUGUAAGAUCCAUAGAAAUAUGCAUGAGCCGACUGUUGUCUUCAUGAUUGUAAGUCUCAUGUAGUUCUUAUAAAGUAUCUUGCUUGACUUUGUGGUCGGUUUAAUAGUAGAGAAACAUUGCCUAUAUUAUUAAUUUAUAAGACUAAAUGUGAUCAAAUAAAAUUUAUUGCUA